AUGAGCAAUCUUGAAGCUGCUGGACGAGUAGCACUAUGGGCGAUAGAGUUGAGUGAGUUUGGUAUACAGUAUCGACCACAUAGUGCCAUUAAGGGGCAGGUAGUUACUGACUUCAUUGUAGAAUUCACUAACAGGGAGAGCCAAGAGGUAGAAGUGUAUCCUCGGUGGAGUGUACAUACUGACGGAUCAUCCAACUGGCAAGCUGGAGAGGCAGGUAUUGUGCUUCGAUCUCUGGAAAGGGAGGAAAUUGAAUGCAUGGUUUGUCUCAACUUUCCUACUACUAAUAAUGAAGCAGAGUAUGAAGCUCUAGUGACAGGACUAGAUCUCGCUAAAGCAGCAGGGGCCGCGAGCGUGGUCAUUCAUUGCGACUCUCAAAUCAUCACCAACCAAGUAAACGAGGAUUACGAAUGUAAGGGUGAAUGGAUGAAGAAUUACCUGGAGCAAGUGAAGAGAAGGGUAGACGACUUAAGGGCAGAGGUUGUUCAAAUCCCCAGAGGAGAGAAUGAGCGAGCCGACCGUCUUGCCAAAGCCGUGUCAGCAGAACACAUGAUCAUCUCCAGCAAGGAAGCUGCAAGAAAGCUGAAGGUCCAAGCUGCACGAUUUGUUAUGAUAAAAGACAAUAUGUACAAGAGAGGCUUCUCCCGCCCGUACCUUAGGUGUUUAAACCCCAAAGAAGCGGACUAUGUCAUGAGAGAAGUACACGAAGGGAUCUACAGCAACCAUUCAGGAUCGCGGUCAUUAGUUCACAAACUGAUUGGAGCUGGAUACUACUGGCCCACCAUGCAGAAGGAUGCCCAGACUUAUGUCAAAGCAUGUGACAAAUGUCAAAAGUUCAAAAACGUCAUCAGACAGCCGAUGGAAGAAUUUACCACGAUGACAACCCCGUGGCCAUUCGCUCAAUGGGGACUCGACAUCAUGGGUUCCUUCCCAAUGGCAAUGCGACAACUGAAGUUCCUUAUAGUCAGUAUAGACUAUUUCACUAAGUGGAUAGAAGCAGAAGCCUUGGCUACCAUUACGGAGAAGAAUGUGAGAACGUUUGUUUGGAGGAACAUUGUCUGUAGGUAUGAAAUCCCCAAAGCCUUGGUAUCAGAUAACACGAAAUAG